AUCAACAGAUACCUACCCCACCCUCCUCCUUUCCCUCGUCAUCCUCAUCGACGGGCCGCCUCCCCGGAACCAGGCGGCGCGGCGCGGCGCAGCUCGGUCUCCUCUCUCUCCUCCGCGCCGCCGCAGCCCACCGCCAAUACCAAGCGGUUUGCGCGAUGGCGGUGCCGCGGCCGUCGUGGUCGCGGUCGGUCACCGAGACCGUGCGUGGCUCGCACCAGUACACCCUCAAGGGCUUCUCCCUCGCCAAGGGCAUCGGCCCCGGCCGGCACCUCUCCAGCGACACCUUCGCCGUCGGCGGCUACGACUGGGCCGUCUACGUCUACCCCGACGGCAAGAACCACGAGGACAACGCCAGCUACGUCUCCGUCUUCGUCGCCCUCGCCUCCGAGGGCACCGACGUCCGCGCCCUCUUCGAGCUCACCCUCCUCGACCAGUCCGGCCGCGCACGCCACAAGGUUCACUCCCAUUUUGACCGAUCCAUGCAGGCCGGACCAUACACCCUCAAGUACAGAGGAUCCAUGUGGGGUUACAAGCGCUUCUUCAGAAGGACACAAUUAGAAACAUCAGAUUUUCUCAAGGAUGAUUGCUUAGUCAUGAACUGCACAGUAGGCGUCGUCAAGAACCAUCUCGAAACACCAAAGAAUAUCCACAUUGAUGUUCCCCCAUCUGACAUUGGCCGUUGCUUCAAGGACCUCCUCAGACUCCGCAUUGGCUGUGACAUAACUUUCGAAGUAGGUGAUGAGCAAGUACAGGCACAUAAAUGGAUUCUUGCAACUCGCUCCCCUGUAUUCAAAGCGCAAUUCUUUGGACCUAUUGGCAAAGCUGACUUGGACAGGGUUGUCGUGGAGGAUGUUGAACCUAUCGUCUUCAAGGCAAUGGUGAAUUUCAUUUACUCUGAUGAACUCCCUGGUAUUCAUGAGCUAGCUGGAUCUUUUUCAAUGUGGACAUCUACUGCAGUAAUACAGCAUUUGCUGGCAGCAGCUGACAGAUAUGGAUUGGAUCGGCUUCGAAUCCUGUGUGAGGCAAAGUUAUGUGAUGACCUCACUUCUGAAACAGUUGCCACAACAUUAGCCCUAGCUGAACAGCAUCAUUGUGCUCAGCUCAAGUCUGCAUGUCUAAAGUUCACUGCCGUUCGACAAAACCUGGGAGCUGUGAUGGUGACAGAAGGCUUUAAUUACUUGGAGGAGACAUGUCCGUCCUUGCUGUCUGAUUUGUUAGCAACCGUUGCAGUAGUGGAUGAUGAUCCUGCAUCAUCUGUUAACCGGAAAAGGGGAGUUAGUAUCAACGAAGAUGCAAAUCCAGUUGAAACCGUUGAGGGUAGUGACAGGCGCACCCGCAGGAGGGUUUAGAUGUUAGAUGGAUGCUGUGAACUAAUGUAGCCUUUUGCUGUCUCUGCUUCGUGUGAAUGUUACUAUGACUGGAGUUAUGUGAAGUGCUCGGUGACAAAAUGUUGAUCUGGAUCCAAGUAUCAUGUGAAUAAUCUCCAACUCUGAUGGCUCUUUGUGGCAUUA